CCCAUCCCUCUUUCGACUCCUCCGAAGAAAAGCCCUUCCUCUCUCUCUUCAUCUACCCCAAUUGUUCCCUCCCUUCUUUCCCUCGCCUCAUCCGCACCAGCCGUGCUGUUUCCUUUCGUUGUCCGUAAACCCUAGACCGCCAUAGAUACGGCCAAGCGCUCCCUCUCUCGGUCUUGGUCUCGGCGGACAAACCCUAGGCGGCGCCGGAACCGCACGCCGAACGCUCUAGGGCUAGGCCGUCUUCUCCUCGCCGUCGACUCCAUGGAGCUCGAAGAAGGCGGCAGGAGACCGGCGGCGGGCGACGGCUUCGCAGCCUCGGCCGAGGCGGCGCAGGCGGUUGCUCAGCCCGAGCGCCCAGAUGGGGUUUCUCGGGAUCCUUCCCGUGCUCUCGAUUUACUGAAGGAGCUUGGCUCGAAGUUGACAGAAGAAUCGGUUCUGUUGAUGCCAAACUUGCUAUCGUGCUUAAAACAUGACAAUCCCAUUGUUGUUAAACAAUCAAUUGCUAGUGGCACGAGUUUAUUUGGCGCUGUCUUAGAAGAGAUGGCACUCCAGCUUCAUGAUUUUGGGAAGGUCGAGGCUUGGCUUGAGGAAAUAUGGUCCUGGAUGGUUCGUUUCAAGGAUGCAGUUCAUGGCAUCGCUUUAGGGCCUGGAUCUAUUGCAAAGAAGGUGCUCGCUGUAAAAUUUCUUGAAAUUUGUGUUUUAUAUUUCACACCUGAUGCAAAUGAUAAUGGAGUACAUUGUGCUGAAGGAAAAGAAUGGAGCUUCAACGUUUCACAGUUAGCUCAAGGCCAUUCAACUGUCAAUCCGGCCUCUCUGGAAUCUGAGGCAAACAGAAUUGUUUCCCUUCUGCUGGAUAUCUUGCAGUCAGCUAAUACUCUUCGUGGUUCCUUUGUAAUUGCUGUUAUUAACUGUCUUGCAGCUACUGCAAAGAGCAGACCAGUCCACUACAACUUGAUUUUGUCGGCAUUGCUUGGUUUUGACCCUGAUUUUGAAACACUAAAGGAAGGUCAUGCUGCAAGCAUCCGGUAUUCUUUGAGGACUGCCUUUUUAGGAUUUCUACGGUCUAACCAUCCAUCUAUUAUUGAGUCAAGAGACAAGUUAGUAAGGGCCUUGCGAGCAAUAAACCCUGGGGAAGCAACUGAUCAAAUUAUACGUCAAGUAGAGAAAAUGUCCAGAAGUACCGAACGCAUAUCUCGUGAUAGUCGUGCUAGCAAAGAUGAUCCUCCAUCCGGCCAGAUAUCUGUGUGUGACGAUCUGAUGAGGAAGAGGCCUGCAUCACAACCUAGUGCAAAUCCUGCUAUUUCUGAUGAAAUGGCUGCCAAGAGAACAAGACUGAACACAGCUACCAUCCCAACUCCGCCAGCUCAAACUGCUUGUGAUUUACAGAUUGAUGAUGAUGGUGCUGUGAAUGAUCUUUCUUCUAAUGCAUCUCUGAUGGAUAAUGAUUUGACUCCAGUUGAAAAGAUGAUUGCCAUGAUUGGUGCUCUACUGGCAGAAGGAGAAAGGGGUGUUGAGUCACUUGAGCUCCUCAUCUCGACUAUGCAGGCGGACCUUUUGGCUGAUAUAGUAAUAGAAACUAUGAAACAUCUACCGACGAACCCAUUAGACUUAUCUGAUAGGCAUAGUAACCUGCAAACAAAUCCGCAGAGACCUUCCUCCAGUUUCUCAUCACAAAUUGUGUCAACUACCUCGGCCACAAUUUUUGUCCCAUCUUCUGCAGCAUCUUCCCAACUUGCAUCAACUGCAGUUGCUUCUAGUGGAAUCAGCACGCCGACAUCUGAUGCGUCUUCCCUCCCUAAUCUUCUUCCCGACUUUAAGCGUGAUCCACGAAGGCUUCAGGAUCCUCGUCGACUUGAUCCACGCCGUGCAGUGGCAUCUGUUAGUUCACACUCCGAACCUUUGAACUUGGAUAAUAUCGACAUGCAGCCUGGGCUGCAUCAUUCAUUAAGUAAACAUCUUCAUGCUUCGGACGUCAUCAAAGUUGAAACUCCUCCUGUAUCAUUGAUUUCCAAGAGUGAAACUGAGCUCUAUGAAAGUUCAACUGAUCCUGUGAUUGACCACUUAGCUUCAAAAGAAAAGUUAGAUGUUCUAGAUGAUCCAAUGGAACCAGAGCCAUCUUUAAAUGUUUCUGCCCCAUCCAACUCAGAACUUUCUCCUGUACAUGCUUUUGACCCAGAGCUGGCAGCAUCCACAUCGUCUGACAUUACUGCAAAUGAAGAUGUUGAUGGUAACAUGCCAGAAUGUGAUCAAUAUUCAUCACCUCUCUCGGCAAUGUCGGUCAUUGAAGAUAACUCUCAUGAUUUGCCUGCACUUCCACUUCACAUUGAAUUGAUGGAUGAGCAGAAGAGGACACAGCAAAAGUUAGCAGUUACACGGAUUAUUGAAGAUUACAAGCAAAUACGAGCUACAGGCUCUGGUCAGGCAUGCCUUCCAUUACUUGCUCGUUUGGUGCUGCAGGCUAAUGCUGAUGAUGACAUCAUCAAAUUGUUACAAAAGCAUAUUAUUUCAGACUAUCAUCUUCAGAAGGGCCAUGAGCUUGCUAUGCAUGUCCUUUAUCACCUACACACAGUCAUAAUCUCUGAUCUAGAUGAGAGUUCUUCCUCUGCUACUAGUAGUUAUGAGAAGUUUCUUUUAGCAGUUGCAAAGGCAUUGCUUGAUUCCCUGCCAGCUUCAGACAAAUCAUUUAGUAAACUUCUGGCUGAAGCUCCAUUUUUGCCCAACUCUACGUUGAAGUUGUUAGAAGAUCUUUGUCAUUCACAUGGUUACAGUCACCUUGGAAAAGAUACUUGUGAUGCUGAUCGUGUUACUCAAGGCCUUGGUGCUGUGUGGAGCCUCAUUCUGGGUCGUCCUCCAAGCCGACAAGCUUGCUUGGAUAUUGCUUUAAAGUGUGCUGUUCAUUCUCAAGAUGAAGUUCGGGCGAAAGCAAUUAGACUGGUGUCAAACAAACUCUAUCCCCUCCGCUAUGCAUCAGACAUUAUCGAGCAGUUUGCAACAAGGAUGCUGUUUUCUGUUGUUAAUCAGCAAGUUUCAGAAGGAGAGUUCAAACCGGCAUGCUCUAGUGAACAAAGAUCAGAAACAUGUAGUCAGGAAACCUCAAUCAGUGGUUCCCAGAAUUCUGAGGUCGGAGGUUCUGAGAGUGAAUUUAUAAAGGGUAUCCAAACUUCUUUGUCAAGAGAACCAGCCAUGUCUUUUUCUCAAGCCCAACAACAAACAUCUUUGUUCUUUGCUCUUUGCACAAAGAAACCAUGUCUUCUUAAGCUCGUAUUUGACAUUUAUGGAGGGGUUCCUAAGGCUGUCAAACAGUCUAUUCAUCGGCAUGUUGCAGUCCUUGUGAGAACACUAGGCUCAUCAUAUCCUGAACUGUUGCACAUGAUUUCUGAUCCACCUGAAGGAAGUGAAAAUCUAAUAAUGCUGGUAUUACAAACUAUGACUGAAGAAGCAACCCCUUCAGCUGAGCUAAUUGCCGCUGUUAAACAUUUAUAUGAGACUAAACUGAAGGAUGUUGCGAUUCUCAUCCCAAUGCUAUCUUCGCUUUCGAAAGAUGAGGUUUUGCCCAUAUUUCCAAGGCUUGUUGAUCUUCCAUUGGAGAAGUUCCAAACAGCACUUGCUCGCAUUUUGCAGGGUUCAGCUCACACAGGUCCAGCAUUAACACCUGCUGAAGUAUUGAUUGCAAUUCAUGAUAUUGAUCCUGAGAAAGAUGGAGUUGCACUUAAGAAGAUAACAGAUGCUUGCACUGCUUGUUUUGAGCAAAGAACGGUAUUUACUCAGCAUGUUUUAGCAAAAUCCUUGAGCCACCUGGUUGAGCAAGUUCCCAUUCCUCUACUUUUUAUGAGAACAGUUAUCCAAGCAAUUGAUGCUUUCCCGACUCUGGUUGAUUUUGUUAUGGGAAUACUCUCAAAACUUGUAAGCAAGCAGAUCUGGAAGAUGCCGAAGUUGUGGGUGGGUUUUCUGAAAUGUGCCUCUCAGACACAGCCCCACUCCUUCCAUGUCCUACUGCAGUUACCUCCGCCACAGCUUGAAAGUGCUUUGAAUAAAUAUGCGAACUUACGAGGUCCUCUUACUGCUUAUGCUAAUCAGCCAAACAUAAGGAAUUCGUUAUCGAGGCAGACUCUCAAACUUUUAGGUCUUGUCAAUGAACAACAGCAGGCCCCAAGAUCGUUUACGCCCACAGCAUUGCGCACAUCGGACACAAGCUCAUCUGUUCAUGGUGCAACCCUUAUAUGAUAUGUAUGGUUCUCCGUUCCUAACACAUUCACAGACGAACUUGUAAAUGGCCUUGCCCUGCUGCAAUGACAUCCUUCGGAUGAGAUAUCCCAAGGCCGGUGGCCUGCAAGUAUGGCCGUGCUGUUGCAGGAGGUAACAAACAACUGGGCGUCAGAAGAGGUGAGAAGUGGACUCGAUCGACGCCUCUAAUCUUGGGCUUGCAUUCAACUCCUAGGGAGAGCAACAGGUUAGUUGGUUGGUGGCUAGGGCACUCGCUGGAGAAAGAAUCAUGGUGUGCUAUAGCAGAAACAUUUUCUAGUGAAAUCUAAUGGUCAUCCUCUUGUAUUAAAUAAUUUUUUCAUGGAGUUAUGGUCGCUAAUGAGAGGAAAGGAUAGCCUGCCCGUGGAUUUUUGGAAUCUAGUAUGACCUUGCCCGCAUUGACCCUCCCUUCACUGUUGUACUAGGUGCUUUGUUUCCAAUGUCGUCCAUUGUACCUUGAUUCAUUUUUGUAUUCUUUUUAUUUAGUCAUAAUUAGGUGGUUGCAAUUGUAAAUGAAAAGCUUUGCGUUUGCUAACUUUAAGAUCAUUUGGCUGGGGUUUGGGCUUUC